AUGGAUCCCAAGCUGGGUCCAAAGUUUAACAUCCCGGCAGCGUCGCUCACCAUCUUCGACACGCUCACCAUCAUCGUCUGCGUGCCAUUCUACGACUGGUUCCUGGUGCCGCUGGUCCGAAAGUUCACUGGCCACCCGCAGGGAUUCACCCAGAUCCAGAGGAUGCGAAUCGGCCUCGUUCUUGCCACGGCGUCGAUGCUGGUAGCGGCGGCGGUGGAAGUGAAGAGGCUCCAGCUCGCGGCCGAGUUUGAUCUCCUGGACAACGUCACGGAUCCGGUCCCGAUGAGCAUUCUCUGGCAGAUACCGCAGUACUUCCUCGUCGGUGCCUCGGAAAUUUUCACGUCCCUUGGGCAGCUCGAGUUCUUCUACGAUCAAGCACCCGACGCGAUGAGGAGCUUGGCGAGCGCGCUGGCGCUGGGGAACUACUUGAGCAGCUUCUUGGUGGCGGUGAUCUCCCACGCAACGAGUUCUUCCGGGAGUUCUGGGUGGAUCCCAAACAAUCUAAACCGCGGCCACCUGGAUUACUUCUUUUUUGGUGGCGGCGCUCAGGGCUCUCAAUGGGCUCUUCUUCUGGGCAUGCUCGAGAGGCUAUCCGUGUAA